ACGCGAGCUCUCGCCCCACCCGUCUGCAGCCACUCCCUGCCUCGCGUCCCAAAGCUCGAGAGGGCCACGUGACCCUCCCGGGGCCAGUCACGUGAGGCGCAGAUCCCGGGUGGGAGGGGGGUUGGCUUAGGGGGUCCGGAGUGGCAGGAAAGGAGGAAGAUGGCGGGAUGCAGGGGGUCUGUGUGCUGCUGCUGCAGGUGGUGCUGCUGCUGCGGUGAACGUGAGAGCCGCACCCCCGAGGAGCUGACCAUCCUUGGGGAGACACAGGAAGAGGAGGAUGAGAUCCUUCCAAGGAAAGACUAUGAGAGUCUGGACUAUGACCGCUGCAUCAAUGACCCUUACCUGGAGGUAUUGGAGACCAUGGAUAAUAAGAAAGGGCGAAGACACGAGGCGGUGAAAUGGCUGGUGGUGUUUGCCAUUGGCAUCUGCACUGGGCUGGUGGGUCUCUUUGUGGACUUCUCUGUUCGGCUCUUCACCCAACUCAAGUUCGGAGUGGUUCAAACCUCGGUGGAGGAAUGCAGUCAGAAAGGCUGCCUUGCCCUGUCCCUCCUUGAACUCCUGGGUUUUAACUUGACCUUUGUCUUCCUGGCAAGCCUUCUUGUCUUGAUAGAGCCAGUGGCAGCAGGUUCUGGAAUCCCUGAGAUCAAGUGCUAUCUGAAUGGUGUGAAGGUGCCGGGAAUUGUCCGGCUCCGGACCCUGCUCUGCAAAGUCUUUGGGGUGCUGUUCAGCGUGGCUGGAGGGCUCUUUGUGGGGAAAGAAGGCCCCAUGAUCCACAGUGGUGCUGUGGUAGGAGCUGGCCUCCCUCAGUUUCAGAGCAUCUCCUUACGGAAGAUCCAGUUCAACUUCCCCUACUUCCGCAGCGACAGAGACAAGCGGGACUUUGUAUCAGCGGGGGCAGCUGCUGGAGUUGCUGCAGCUUUUGGGGCCCCUAUAGGGGGUACCUUAUUCAGCCUGGAGGAGGGCUCGUCCUUCUGGAACCAGGGGCUCACAUGGAAAGUGCUCUUCUGUUCCAUGUCUGCCGCCUUCACCCUCAACUUCUUCCGCUCUGGGAUUCAGUUUGGAAGUUGGGGCUCCUUCCAGCUGCCUGGAUUGCUGAGCUUCGGUGAAUUUAAGUGCUCUGACUCUGAUAAAAAAUGUCACCUCUGGACAGCUAUGGAUUUGGGUUUCUUCGUCGUGAUGGGGGUCAUUGGGGGCCUCCUGGGAGCCACAUUCAACUGUCUGAACAAGAGGCUUGCAAAGUACCGUAUGCGCAACGUGCACCCGAAACCUAAGCUCGUCAGGGUCUUAGAGAGCCUCUUGGUGUCUCUGGUGACCACUGUGGUGGUGUUUGUGGCCUCCAUGGUGUUAGGAGAAUGCCGACAGAUGUCCUCUGCGAGUCAAACCGGUAAUGGCUCGGUCCAGCUCCAGGCCACAUCAGAAGAUGUGAAUUCAACCAUCAAGACAUUUUUCUGUCCCAAUGAUACCUACAAUGACAUGGCCACACUCUUCUUCAACUCCCAGGAGUCUGCCAUCCUGCAGCUCUUCCAUCAGGAUGGGACUUUCAGCCCCGUCACCUUGGCCUUAUUCUUCCUCCUGUACUUCCUGCUGGCAUGCUGGACCUUCGGCACUUCUGUCCCCAGUGGCCUCUUCGUGCCUUCCCUGCUGUGUGGAGCAGCUUUUGGACGUUUAGUUGCGAACAUCCUGAAGAGCUAUAUUGGACUGGGCCACAUCUAUUCUGGGACCUUUGCCUUAAUUGGUGCGGCAGCUUUCUUGGGUGGGGUUGUGAGAAUGACCAUCAGUCUCACGGUCAUCCUGAUCGAGUCUACCAAUGAGAUCACGUAUGGGCUUCCCAUUAUGAUCACCCUGAUGGUGGCCAAGUGGACGGGAGACUUUUUCAAUAAGGGCAUUUAUGACAUCCAUGUGGGCUUGCGAGGAGUGCCUCUUCUGGAGUGGGAGACAGAGGUGGAAAUGGACAAGCUGAGAGCAAGUGACAUCAUGGAGCCCAACUUAACGUACGUCUACCCACACACUCGCAUCCAGUCUCUGGUGAGCAUCCUACGCACCACCGUCCACCACGCCUUCCCAGUGGUCACAGAGAACCGAGGCAACGAGAAGGACUUCAUGAAGGGCAACCAGCUUAUCAGCAACAACAUUAAGUUCAAGAAAUCCAGCAUCCUCACCCGCGCCGGUGAACAGCGCAAGCGGGGCCAGUCCAUGAAGUCUUACCCUUCCAGCGAGCUGCGGAAUGUGUGCGAUGAGCACGUGGCCUCAGAGGAGCCAGCAGAGAAGGAGGAUCUGCUACAGCAGAUGCUGGAGAGGAGAUACACUCCCUACCCCAACCUAUACCCUGACCAGUCCCCGAGUGAAGACUGGACCAUGGAGGAGCGCUUCCGCCCGCUGACCUUCCACGGCCUCGUCCUACGCUCGCAGCUCGUCACUCUGCUUGUCCGAGGAGUGUGUUAUUCCGAAAGUCAGUCUAGUGCCAGCCAGCCCCGCCUUUCUUACGCUGAGAUGGCUGAGGACUACCCACGGUAUCCGGACAUACACGACCUGGAUCUCACACUGCUGAAUCCCCGGAUGAUUGUGGAUGUCACCCCAUACAUGAACCCUUCACCGUUCACUGUCUCCCCCAACACCCAUGUUUCCCAAGUUUUCAACCUGUUCAGAACCAUGGGCCUGCGCCACUUGCCUGUGGUGAACGCCGUGGGGGAGAUCGUGGGGAUCAUCACGCGACACAACUUGACGUAUGAGUUCCUGCAGGCCCGGCUCCGGCAGCAUUACCAGACCCUCUGACAGUUGAGCCCAGCUGCCGCCAGCCCACUCUCCCUGAGAUGCCUCUGCAGGUGGCUUGCUCAUACACUGGCCCCCACAGCUGGCAUGAAGGCUCCCAGUCACCCACUUGCCUGGAGCCCUAGAAGACUGAAGUCAGAGGUUUUGGGGAUGUGUUGAGCAGAAAGUUGGAGUUUUACUAACUUCCUCAGCAAGAAUUUUCCGUUUCCCGUUCCCCGGGCUCCCCUAGCUUCACGUCACGGU